AUGCAGAUCAUCCUUCCAGACAUUUUGCAAACUUGGGCUUAUGCGCGUCUUCUCAACCCUCACUACGACGGGGCAAAGCUCGAAUCCAGCUUGUGGAUUCACCCACUCGUCGCGAAGCUCUUUGACCAGAAGGGUCAGAAGGCUUUUCAAAAUGACUAUACUAGCCUCCUCGCCAGCUUAAUGUAUUCGCACCAGGGCAAAGUUCCUUCGCGUCGCUGUGACAUGAUGAACCUCUUCUUCGUGUACGACGAGUACACGGACGUCGUCUCCCCAGAGAUCGCACACAGGCUCUCCAAAAUUGUCGUGGAUGCCAUGAAAAAUUCGGACGAAAUGUCUCCGUGCGGGGAACAUCCCAUUGGAGACAAAGCCAAGGAAUUUUGGAGGCUGGCAACGACCCUCCUCCCUGCCACGGGGAGCAACUCGGAUGUAUGCAAGAGCCGCUUCAUCAACCUAACCGAGGAAUACCUCAACGCAGUCACGGUCGAGGCGCGUGAUCGCAACGAGGGCACCAUACAUUCAGUCAAGGAGUACCUCACGAUGCGACGAGCGACGAGCGGGGCCGGUCUCAUGCUCGCGCUCAUCGAGUUCGAGCUUGAUCUACCCAAAGCAGUGCUCGAGCAUAAGUUUGUUCAGGCGUUGGAAGAGAUAUACACUCGUACGCGAGUGAGCUCGGGACAGGCCAAUCACAACCUCAUAACCGUCGUGAUGCACGAGAACCCCGGUCUUUCGCUCCAGGGCGCGUUCGAUUGGCUGGGGUCAUACGCAGCUGGGGUUGUUGAAUGUUUCCAGACCAACGUCAGGAACCUGCCUUCUUUCUGCGACGUCGAGGGUCCUGCGUGCGAGAGUGUCGACGGGACCUUGCAAGAGAGGGUGGACAAGUAUAUAAGCGGCCUUGGUCAGGCCGUCAGGGCAGAGGAUGAUUGGGCGUUUGAAACGACAAGGUACUAUGGAGAGGAUGGUCCAAAGGUCAGGGAGACGAGGGUGUUGGUUAUUCGCCCAGUGAAGCGAAUUACACGAAGGCACCUGCUCCAAAGCCUCGAAAUUAAAUAUUCAAUGGUCAGAGGCUAG